CACGGGUAGCCUGUAAGUGUUAGUCUUUGCGUAGUCACUACCUCGCUUUGCAUCAAACCGAAUCCUGGGAUCUCUCUACCUUUUUGUGGUCAUUGGUUUUUUCUCGCCUACCAACUCCUUUAUCCGUAUCUGACCCCGGAAUGGUCUGCCCGCUUCUGCUUCUUCUUCUUCCCGCUGGCUGCGACCUUCUGCAUGCGUGCCCAUCCCAUCCAUCCCCCUCCGGUUCCUUGUCGGCUUUGGUGGGGUUGCGCGAAUAUAAGUCGGUUGUUCACCAGGCCAAGGCAAUUUCUAUUAUUUUUAUCAUGUGCCUUUUUGUGUGAUGACCCUUCAGCUAAAGUCUUAUUCGCCCGUGUCGCAUGUAUCAUAUGUCAUGAAGUGCUGUUUGUCGAUGUACAGACGCACUUCGCUGCGCCGAAAUGCACCGCACCGCACCUUCCGCUCGAGCGGGCAGAUGGACGGUUUCGAUUCUUCUGCAAGUCAGACCUUGGGGACUUGUGAGGGGGGCGAUUCCACCUAUUGCCAUUACUACCUUGCUUUGGCACAUCGGCAUUCUCGUAGAAGUUGCAAUUUACCCAAAAGAGACUCUUUGCGAAUUCCAGUUGAUAUGUCCAAAGUAAGGCAG